AUGGCGCCUUCAACAUUGACCGAGAUCUUUGGGGAUGCCAACAAUGCCUACUUCUCCAACGGCAACAUCGACAGGCUGGCAUUUUUGCGAAUGCAGAACGAGCUCAUGGACAAGGCUUCCACCCACCCAUAUGCAAAGUACUUGACAUUCGCAGAGCUCAACGCUUUACGAUCUAGUGAUGGCUCGUUUUCAUACUGUUCCUACAAGGAUGUCGAGAGCUUCAUUGGGAGGCCCUUUGCUCAAGACGAGAAGACGCUGAUCCAAGAAUUCGACCCAGCGAAGCAUAACCCCACACUUGUAUUCCUCGGCCUCGACCUUGAGGGACCAGACAGGGAAAAUACUGUCCAGUUGGGUAAUUACUCGGGAGUCCCCUUCUUUGCCCUCGAUGUGUCUUCUUCCCAUUACGAUGCUCUCAAAGCCAAACAAGCGGAGCAGGGCAAGAAGCAUGUUCCAACCCGCAUCGACUUGGGUCUUGCUCGGAAUGAUUCCGCCGUGCUCAGUCACGCAAGAUCUCUCCUUGAUUGGCACACAAGAAAUCGCUUUUGUGGAGUUUGUGGAGGGCGUACAAUGUCUACCCAUGGCGGGGCAAAGAUCGUCUGCCCACCCGCAGACGCUGGAGUCCCACGGAAGAAGACUUGCUCUACUCGUAUCGGUCUGCACAACCAGGCCUUCCCGCGGACUGAUCCUACAGUUAUCAUCGCUCCAAUCUCAUCAGACGCCAGACGCGUGCUUCUCGGCCGAGGUAAGCGAUGGCCUGACCAGUACUUUAGCUGUCUUUCUGGGUUUGUGGAACCUGGAGAGUCGUUGGAAGUUGCUACCCGUCGGGAAGCGUUCGAAGAGACUGGUGUUCGCAUCGAUCGUGUCCAACUACACUCUUCGCAACCCUGGCCAUAUCCAUCGACGCUGCUGAUAGGUGCUAUGGGUCAGUGUGUUCCUGGUGGCGAGGACAUAACAUAUCCGGAGUCUGAGCUUGAGGAAGCAAAGUGGUUCGAGCUGGCGGAAGUAGAACAUGCGCUUGAUCAUGGAGCGAAUCCUAUGUGGGAGCCACCAAUCAAGGGGUAUUCUGGCCCUCGAGUACCGCCAUCUCAAUUGAUGGCACACCAGCUGCUGAGAGGGGUGUUGAAGCUGUUUCAUAAGAGGUAA